CGCCUCUACCCCGCCCUCUGUCUUCCACAGUUUCUCUUACCUCGGUCAGACUCCGGAUGCACAGAUGUGCGGGGAAAAUGUCCAGUUCCAGCCUCCUUCAUGUCACCUCCACCUGGUCCAGGAAUCUGUGACCCAGGACCAGAAUGUUAAAUUUCUCCUCUGCUUUCCUGCCGUAAGGUACUCGAGGUGACAACUUCCGUUUCCGGUUGCCUCCGGCUGGCGGGUUGAAUCUUGAGUGUCCUGAGAGGUCAGAUUGUUGUCAGAAAAAGUUCAUGUGAUCCAUAUGUAUUAACCACAGUAAUACUGCAUUUUUAAAGAAUCAUCUGAAGAAAGCACGUAACAAAACAACAUGGCCCAUGGACAUGGACAUGAACAUGGUCAUAGUAAAAUGGAACUUCCAGAUUAUAAACAAUGGACUAUAGAAGGGACACCAUUAGAAACUGUCCAGGAGAAGCUGGCUGCACGAGGGCUAAGGGAUCCAUGGGGCCGCAAUGAAGCUUGGAGAUACAUGGGUGGCUUUGCAAAUAAUGUUUCCUUUGUUGGUGCAUUAUUAAAAGGAUUCAAAUGGGGAUUUGCUGCAUUUGUGGUAGCUGUAGGGGCUGAAUAUUAUUACCUGGAGUCCCAGAAAAAAGAUAAGAAGCACCACUGAAGAUAAUACCUGGAAUUAUCUUUUAAUGUCUUCUUAACUCUCUUAUAAAAAGAAGAUUUCUUCACUGUAGCCUACUCAUCUGUGUGUUUGUUCCUUAAAGAAUAUUAGUAAGAUUUAAUAAAGUAAGAGAACAUGUA